AGCAAGUCCCUGCACCCUCGCCCAGAAUCCCGGGCUCGCACACACUCCGCGCAGGCCGCUCCCCCUGCACACUCCUCCCUCCGUCUCCCCCCGGCUUCCCCGCCCCUCUCUUCCUCCUUCUUUCCCUCCUCCCUCUCCCGGCGCCCGAAAGGAUCAUUGUUAGCCGCCCCCGCCCCGCCCACCCCGGCUGUUUAUUUAUGCACACGUCACCGGGCCGGCCCCGCCCUCCGGCAUCUCAUUAAGGCAGUGUGUUCCUCUCGCCCUGUCAAUAAUCUCCGCUCCCAGACUACUCCGUUCCUCCGGAUUUCGAUCCCCCUUUUUCUAUCUGUCAAUCAGCGCCGCCUUUGAACUGAAAAGCUCUCAGUCUAACUUCAACUCACUCAAAUCCGAGCGGCACGAGCACCUCCUGUAUCUUCGGCUUCCCCCCCCUUUGCUCUUUAUAUCUGACUUCUUGUUGUUGUUGGUGUUUUUUUUUUUUACCCCCCUUUUUUAUUUAUUAUUUUUUUGCACAUUGAUCGGAUCCUUGGGAACGAGACAAAAAAGGAACCCAAACUCACGCGUGCAGAAGAUCUCCCCCCCCUUCCCCUCCCCUCCUCCCUCUUUUCCCCUCCCCAGGAGAAAAAGACCCCCAAGCAGAAAAAAAGUUCACCUUGGACUCGUCUUUUUCUUGCAAUAUUUUUUGGGGGGGCAAAACUUUUUGGGGGUGAUUUUUUUUGGCUUUUCUUCCUCCUUCAUUUUUCUUCCAAAAUUGCUGCUGGUGGGUGAAAAAAAAAUGCCGCAGCUGAACGGCGGUGGAGGGGAUGACCUAGGCGCCAACGACGAACUGAUUUCCUUCAAAGACGAGGGCGAACAGGAGGAGAAGAGCUCCGAAAACUCCUCGGCAGAGAGGGAUUUAGCUGAUGUCAAAUCGUCUCUAGUCAAUGAAUCAGAAACGAAUCAAAACAGCUCCUCCGAUUCCGAGGCGGAAAGACGGCCUCCGCCUCGCUCCGAAAGUUUCCGAGACAAAUCCCGGGAAAGUUUGGAAGAAGCGGCCAAGAGGCAAGAUGGAGGGCUCUUUAAGGGGCCACCGUAUCCCGGCUACCCCUUCAUCAUGAUCCCCGACCUGACGAGCCCCUACCUCCCCAACGGAUCGCUCUCGCCCACCGCCCGAACCUAUCUCCAGAUGAAAUGGCCACUGCUUGAUGUCCAGGCAGGGAGCCUCCAGAGUAGACAAGCCCUCAAGGAUGCCCGGUCCCCAUCGCCGGCACACAUUGUCUCGAACAAAGUGCCAGUGGUGCAGCACCCUCACCAUGUCCACCCCCUCACGCCUCUUAUCACGUACAGCAAUGAACACUUCACGCCAGGAAACCCACCUCCACACUUACCAGCCGACGUAGACCCCAAAACAGGAAUCCCACGGCCUCCGCACCCUCCAGAUAUAUCCCCGUAUUACCCACUAUCGCCUGGCACCGUAGGACAAAUCCCCCAUCCGCUAGGAUGGUUAGUACCACAGCAAGGUCAACCAGUGUACCCAAUCACAACAGGAGGAUUCAGACACCCCUACCCCACAGCUCUGACCGUCAAUGCUUCCAUGUCCAGCUUUCUGUCUUCUAGGUUCCCUCCCCAUAUGGUCCCACCACAUCAUACGCUACACACGACGGGCAUUCCGCAUCCGGCCAUAGUCACACCAACAGUCAAACAGGAAUCGUCCCAGAGUGAUGUCGGCUCACUCCAUAGUUCAAAGCAUCAGGACUCCAAAAAGGAAGAAGAAAAGAAGAAGCCCCACAUAAAGAAACCUCUUAAUGCAUUCAUGUUGUAUAUGAAGGAAAUGAGAGCAAAGGUCGUAGCUGAGUGCACGUUGAAAGAAAGCGCGGCCAUCAACCAGAUCCUUGGGCGGAGGUGGCAUGCACUGUCCAGAGAAGAGCAAGCGAAAUACUACGAGCUGGCCCGGAAGGAGCGACAGCUUCAUAUGCAACUGUACCCCGGCUGGUCCGCGCGGGAUAACUAUGGAAAGAAGAAGAAGAGGAAAAGGGACAAGCAGCCGGGAGAGACCAAUGAACACAGCGAAUGUUUCCUAAAUCCUUGCCUUUCACUUCCUCCGAUUACAGACCUGAGCGCUCCUAAGAAAUGCCGAGCGCGCUUUGGCCUUGAUCAACAGAAUAACUGGUGCGGCCCUUGCAGAUGCAAAUACUCCAAAGAAGUGUCGGGCACUGUUCGGGCUUGACCGACAGACUUUAUGGUGCAAACCGUGCAGGAGAAAAAAAAAGUGCGUUCGCUACAUACAAGGUGAAGGCAGCUGCCUCAGCCCACCCUCUUCAGAUGGAAGCUUACUAGAUUCGCCUCCCCCCUCCCCCAACCUGCUAGGCUCCCCUCCCCGAGACGCCAAGUCACAGACUGAGCAGACCCAGCCUCUGUCGCUGUCCCUGAAGCCCGACCCCCUGGCCCACCUGUCCAUGAUGCCUCCGCCACCCGCCCUCCUGCUCGCCGAGGCCACCCACAAGGCCUCCGCCCUCUGUCCCAACGGGGCCCUGGACCUGCCCCCAGCCGCUUUGCAGCCUGCCGCCCCCUCCUCAUCAAUUGCACAGCCGUCUACUUCUUCCUUACAUUCCCACAGCUCCCUGGCCGGGACCCAGCCCCAGCCGCUGUCGCUCGUCACCAAGUCUUUAGAAUAGCUUUAGCGUCGUGAACCCCAGCUGCUUUGUUUAUGGUUUUGUUUCACUUUUCUUAAUUUGCCCCCCACCUCCACCUUGAAAGGUUUUGUUUUGUACUCUCUUAAUUUUGUGCCAUGUGGCUACAUUAGUUGAUGUUUAUCGAGUUCAUUGGUCAAUAUUUGACCCAUUCUUAUUUCAAUUUCUCCUUUUAAAUAUGUAGAUGAGAGAAGAACCUCAUGAUUCUACCAAAAUUUUUAUCAACAGCUGUUUAAAGUCUUUGUAGCGUUUAAAAAAUAUAUAUAUAUACAUAACUGUUAUGUAGUUCGGAUAGCUUAGUUUUAAAAGACUGACUAAAAAACAAAAAGAAAAAAAAAGCAAUUUUGAAGCAGCCCUCCAGAAGGAGUUGGUUCUGUAUUAUUUGUAUUAAAUACGAGCUUGCGAACCAAUCAUUUUACAUCUGGUUUUUAAACCGUAAGGGCACCAUGAAUGCAGUGCCGUUACUUUUUUUUUUUUUUUUUUUCUGUGUGAAACAACUCUUAUUGUGAUGUUACUUGUUAUUGUUUAAAUGUACAGAAACAAAGGGUAAAAAUGUGUUAAUAUACCUUGUUCCAUGGUGUUGUUCUUUUGGGGGGAGGGGACGCUACUCAACACUUAAUAGAAUCACAACGCUGUUGGGCCAGUAGUAUUUAUUGCUUUAGAGAUUGCUUGUCGUACCUGUAUGUCAUCCCUUUUUAAAUAUGUUUUCCUUUUUCUUGAAACUGUAUAAAGUUUUUUUCCCCCUUAGCAUAAGCAUCUUAUAUAUAACAACUCAUUUGUACAAGGUUUUUAAGUUUAUAUAUAAAAUGUGUAUAUAUAUUUUUGUUUCCCCUUUUUGACUUUUUUUUUUUUCUGUAUGAAACCCAGAUGUCACCAAAUGGACAUUAAUAGUUGCAUUAAGGAUCAGUAGCAUUAACAAAAGUUGCUUUAAAAGCCAUUAUGUAAAACAAGACUUGAAAAUGAGUGAGGGAAUUUUAGCGACACUGUCUGAGCAGCAGUGGGAACCAUCUUCGUUUCCCCUUUGAACUCCCAGUGGGAUGCCCUACCCUGCGCCCUUAGGACCCGGACUGACCGUGUGCAAAACUUUACGUGCCAAAAUUCUCAGUGAAUUUAGCUUUCUCCCUCUUUUUGAUGCUGUAAUUUUUGUUCAUCAUGUUUUGCUGUGAUGUUACAUAGGUAGAUUUGUAUGUAGUUUUAAUGUCACCUAUAACAAAAUGUGUUUGGUAGCAGAUUGUCCAGAAAGCAUUUUAAAUGAAGAGGUAUAAACCCUUAAGGGCCAAAAUUCUGUAUAUUAGAUUACUCUUAAACGAAAAACCAGCUGCCGCUUUUAUGUACACAUAUUACAUACGAGUAGGCAGCAGACUUUAAAAAUAAAAAAAACCUAGGCAUGUUGAUGUUGCAAAAUGCUGUAUAAAGCUGAAACCUGUUCAUUCAGUGCCAUUGUAGUUGACAUGAAGCGAUUGUAAAACUGUCUCCGAUUUUUCUCUGGUUUAUUAAAAUGCUAACUAUAACAUUUUUUGUGAAUACUUUGAAUGUUUCCUAACAGUUGUGAUGUUACUGUUCCGUUUUAUGCUCUUAUUCCAAGUUCAUUUUUAAUGGUUUGGAAGCCAUUUUUGUAAUGAAUAAAUGUUCAUGCUGUACAGUAUCUGUAGCAUGCCAUUCUGGAUUAAUAAAAGCAACUUAGUAUGUGCAGAUAAA